UUCUAAAUUUCCCCCACCUUUUGCACCCUGCCAAUGAUCCUCAGGGGUGGCUUUCUCCUUGCUGGGUGUGGUUUCGUGUUAAAUUAUGUAGAAAACUGAAGGCUAUAUAGCAUGACCUCUGGGGGUGACUUUGUCUGUUGGAAAGACUUCAUGAUUUAUUUUUUACUGGGCUUUUGUCUGGGAAGUGUAACCCAUCACGCUGAAGAAUGGAUGCAGAUGCGUGGGUCGAGUCCUUCGCCAGAGCUAUCAUGUGCUUACUGGGCAUAGUGGGGAACAACUGGCUAAUGUUCAGGUCAUUACCAGGAUUUAAAUCACAGCUGAAGACUAACGAUGUCCUCCUUCUCAAUCUUGCCGUGUCCAACCUCAUCACCAACUACAUGGUAGAUCUACCCGAUACCAUAGCUGACUUUGCUAGAAGCUGGUUCUUGGGUCUGACCUACUGCCGAAUCUUCCGCUUCUGCGCUGACCUGUCGGAGACGAGCAGCAUCUUCUCCACCCUCUUCAUCAGCGUGUUCUGGAACCAGAAGCUGGUGGGCUCCCUGAAGCGCGGAGGGGCCCCGAUCCGCCUGGAUAACCUGCGUCUGGUUGCUGCCCUGUUAGGUGGAAGCUGGACGGUGGCUAUCGUCUUCAGCAUACCCCAUCUCAUCUUUGUCUCGGUGGAUGAAAGAGACGAGGAGAUAGACUGCGUGGAUGACUUUCCCUCUCCCAUGGCGCACCAAGUCUACGAGAUCCUGUACCUGAGUUUGGCAAACGCCAUUCCUAUUGGUGGCAUCGUCUUUGCGAGCAUCCAGAUUGUGGCCACCCUUCUGCAGAAUCAGCGGCGCAUUAAAGGAACUGGAGCCGGUGGAGCAGCGGUGGCAGACAAGCCACAACAAGGAGCCCCAGAUUCGUCUGGCCCAGGCCAAGCACCAGAGGACUCCAACGCUCAGCCACCUCCAGCUCCAUCCACCAUUUACACUGGCGCCCAUGAAAGCCCUGUCCAGCAGCAACCACGGGUAGUGGUAGCACCCAAAGCACCAGCCAAAGGCGGCAGCAGUGGGUCUAGUGGCCAGGUGCGAGCCGCUAAGAGUGUGGUGGCGGUGGCCUCUGUCUUCCUGGUGUGUUGGCUCACACACCUUCUUCUCCGCAUCACCAGCAACGUGAAGACGUCGGUGGUGGUGGUGGAGGUGGCAAGCUACAUCGCGGCGUCCUACACCAGCAUCAUCCCCUACAUCUUCUUGUACGGGGUGAAAAAACUCACCUGUACCUGUAGAUAGUGAGAUGGAAACAACUAG